UCGAGACCGUUGUCGAAAACUUGAAGAAACAGCUAGCUCUGAAAGAAGCGCAUUUGGCGGAGCUCAACAAGGAAUAAACUCCACGUGCAUUAUUAGAACGAACGAUUAUUUCAUUCUUCCUUCAUUUUACCUUCCCAAUGACCAUUCUCAAUCAGCCACUACGAUCUGAAGUCAUUGCUCUGUACAAGCAGCUGGUUUACUUGGGCCGUGACUAUCCCGCAGGGUAUACCAACUUCUUUCGACCUAAAUUGAAGGCGGCAUUCAUGAAGAAGAGAGAUCUUGUAGAUGAAGCCGAAAUACGUAAAUCCAUAGCGUUUGGUAACUACAUUAUUAAAGAAUUGGAAGCCAUGUACUAUUUGAAAAAAUAUAGAACCCUAAGGGCAAGAUAUACCGUUCCAGAAGAAGAUGCUCAUAUAGCUCUUCAAAAAGCGUUAGAAUCACAGCGCAUCUAAAUUGCAAGCCUUUAUACUUGUGGCAAAUGAUGCUAGUCAA